AUUGUCAUUAAAUUGUACACGCAGCAUUUGAAAGGCCUACCACCUUUUUUCUAUAAUUCAACACCUUUUCGUUAAUAUCGUGCACUUUCGCUUUUUUUGUAACUUCCGUGUACACAUCAUAACAAAUUACGAUAUGGAGACUUUGAUGCCAGGCAUAUAAACAGUAAUAUAGUGUGUGUGUUUUUUAACAUAGAAUGACAUCAAUGAGUCCCUCUGGUUUACAUGUGAACAAACCUGCCAUAGGUAUUAUUUUCGGUUUGAUUGUGGUUGGAAUAGUCUAUUUUAAGAUGUCAGGUAAAACAGCAUCUGUAACUAGUGCAGAUUUCUCUCAGCAGAAAUCAGAAGACAAACCAAAGGCUUCCGAUGAUCUCAGCAGUAUCAAAGUUUUCCAUAAAACAGACUUACAAGUCCCAGUUGAUGAUAAGGUAGUCACUGUGGCAUACAGAGAAACAAAAUGUGACGAGGCAAAAUUAGAUGUGCUAUUUUUACACGGCAUGAAAUUCAAAUCGGAGACAUGGGUUAGUGAACCUUUAUGGACACUACAGUUGUUAUACAAAACAGGAGGGUUUAGAGCUGUGGCUAUAGAUUUACCAGGUUAUGGUGAUAGUCCGAAUGCAGAAGUUGAUCCUGCUGCUUUUAUGGAAGCUGUAAUUGCCAAGCUGCAGUUGAAUGCACCAGUGAUUGUUAGCCCGUCUAUGAGUGGAACAUAUUCUCUACCGUAUCUCUUUAAAAAUGUGUCAAAUGCAGUGUCACGGUCAAAAGGUUUCGUACCAGUCGCUCCAGUGGGCACAGAUAAUUACAAGCCCCAGUUUCAAGAUUUAAAGAUUCCUACACUGGUGAUAUAUGGUGAGAAUGAUAAAAGCUUGGGUGCUUCAUCUGCCAAAAACUUUGAGACCAUCAAAGACAAGACAGUGGUUGAAUUAGCUGGAGCCGGGCAUGCCUGCUACAUGAAUAAACCUGAUGAAUUCCACAAACAUUUAAUUGAUUUUCUGAAAAAAUUGAGCCAAUAAGACAAAUGCGUGAUGUUUGUAAAAUAUUGAAAUACAUGUAUAUAUAUAUAUAUAUAUAUAUAUAUAUAUAUAAGUGCUAAUAAUUUUAUAUCUUUGAAUUGUCUGGCAAAAACAAUAUUGUCAGUUGGGUGCGAAGUAUUUAUAUUCACUUUUAAUAUUUAUUCAUUUUAAUCAGUCAUGAACAAGACAAUGUAUAAAUACUUGGGCAUAGUCUGUACCCUGUAACCUUCUCUUUGCUGUGGUUGUUUUUUUUUCUGUCACACUAGGGUCUUAAGAAUUUUUUUUCUUGUGUUUACACCUAUCUAUAAAACAUAUGGAAUGCCAGUGAUUCUACUCAGGUGUUGGCUUCUGACUUAAAAUUAUGCACAGAUGGGCAGGCACCUGAGGUCUUCCUCCACCAAUUAAAAGCUGGAAAGUUGACCUAUGACCUUUAUAGUACAGAAGUGACCAACAUGUUUAAUUUAACAAAAAAUGAAGCAUUAUGGUUACAGAUGGAUAAGAAAUUGAUAGCUUUAUUGUAAAUCUUUGUCUUUAUGAAGUUAUAUUACAAAUGUACUUUAUUGAUGGUUUAAUCUGAUUUCACAACUUAUGACCACUAGCUUUAAAAACCAUUUGCUAUCCAUUUAUAUACUUAACAUCCAUCUGUUGAUAUACACCCAUUUGUUAAAGUGCAUGCCUCCAGAUUCAUGCUAAUUUUCAUGAAAAAUUUUGUAAUGUAUUAAAAAGUAAAAUAUCGUAGUGAACAAAGAAAAUAAUUUUCACACUGCAAAAACAGCACUUACAACCUAUGUAAAUUACCAAAAAGAGGCUUUAACAUUCACCAGUUGCCUAAGACACACCCAUCUGUACUUCCAUCUGUCAACAUAUGCCAAUCUGUCAACAUUCACUCAUCUGCAUUUUUUCCUGAUGGUUUAUAGUUUGAACAAAUUUGUCUAUAGUUCAUUGAACAUGUAUGAACAAAUUUGUCUAUAGUUAAAUGAACGUGUAUAACUUUAGAUAGAAUAGAACAAUGGUUUGUAUAUAUAAAAUUUUGGAUUGUUUUGUUAAUGCUAUAGUUAAAAGUCUGUAUUUUAUUACAUAUAUGUACUAAAGUAAUAAAAAUGUUUGAUUUUUGAUUUAAAAAAUCAUGCUCCGUUUCAAGGAAAAAAGGUCAUUUUAUUGGUCUUAAUAUCCUAUUUUAUAUGUUUUGAAGCUAAAUACUUAUUAAAUGUAUGAUAUUUUUGCUGCCAAGCACUGAUUUAGUGUAUGAUUUUGAUGUCAAGUGAAAAUGAGGGUUAAUAUUUUAAUGUCAAUCACUGCUUUGGUGUAUGAUUUUGCUACCAAGCACUGAUUUAGUAUAUAAUUUUGAUGUCAAGUACUGGUGUAGGUUAAUGUCAAGCACUGAUUUGGCAUAUGAUUUUGCUGCAAAGCACUGAUUUGAUGUAUGCUGUUGAUGUCAAGUACAUUUGCUAAAUUUAAUGCCUAGUACUAAUUUGGUGUAAGAUUUGGAUACCAAGCACUGAUUUGGUUUUUGAUUUUGAUGUCAAGAACUGAUGCAGAUUAAAAAUUUAAUGCCAAGCACUGAUUUUGUGUAAGAUUAUAAUGUCAAGCAUUUAUGAAUUUGUUUUUUUACGUCAAGCACUGAUUUAGUAAUAGUUUGAUGCCAAGCACUGAUUUAGUAUAUAAUAUCGAAGCCAAUCAUUGGUUUCAGGUAUAAUUUUGAUGCAAAGCACUAAUUUAGUGUAUGCCCUAAUGCCAGUCACUUUGUUAGAUUUUGAGUUUUGUGUGAAAACUAUUUUAUUCAACUACAAAAUUAUAUUUAUAAAUCACAAUCAUUAAACUUACUAUUUGUAUAUGCCCAUAUACUUGUCACAUGUAUAUGUUAUUUUUCAGACAACUUUAACCAUGUCCAUCUUCAUUAUGUAAACAAAAGCCUCCAUACAAGAUACCUUUGGAAAAUUUGCUCCAUUUUAAAAUCUGACCUUGACCCUUAAAUAACUUUGACCUUUGAAGUUCUAUUAAAAAGAUUUUGAUGUAACACUCUAUGAAACAAACUAUUGCUGUUUAACAAUUGCAUUUUUUUGUUCUUGUUUUUGUUCUUGAUUUUUGUUGCAUACUUAAUUAUAGGUACUUUGAGUUAUUAUUAGAUUUUUGUGGCUAUGUGCAAUUUCUUUGUCUUGUGUGGUUUAAUAUGUAACUAGCUAACUCUUAUAAUAGGUAGUGUUAUAGCUAGUUUAUAUGUAUGGGAUGAAAAUAAUAUAAAUCUCAAUUAGGUGUUUAUAACUUUUAUUUAUUUAUUUUUUUUUUUGUAGAAAAAUUUUAAACUGUUCAUUGCAGUUUCAUUCACCUCAAAAAGUCUUACAUUGACCUUUAACCCUGUUUGAACCAAACAUAUUAACCUUUGCCAGUAUAGAGCCAGGCCAGCCUGUGCUUUCUUGUAGUUUGACUAGUAGGCUGUAUUUUAUUGGUUGCUCAAUUUUUUCAAUGUUGAUAUUGAAAUCCCUUAAAUUUUGAAUGGAUUGUUCCAAAUUCAAAUAUGGGUGAUUUCAUUGCAUAAAUUCAGAAGGUUGCAGGUUAUAGUUUUGCUCUUUGUCAACUUUAAAACUAAAUUGGGACUUUAAAGUGAAGGAAUUUAUUAUUGGUGUGAAUUGUUUAGAAUUUGCUAAACGGGGUAUAAACCUGUACAUUCUGAUAGGGUCAACAUUUUGUAUGGAAAAUAUAGAAGUUAAGAAAUUGCCACCUACCUCCUUGUACUAACAAAUUGAUGAUUGUGAUGAACUUUGUUGAAAAAUAAAAAGGAAGCUUUUGAUCUUAUACUGGUGUCUUCUUUGCAGUUUGUUUAUGCUGUAAAAAGUCUUUCUAGAAUUCAAAAUUUAACAAAACUUAAAUCGUAGAAUCAAAGGCACUGCUAAAUGUACCAUACUGUGGUUAAAUGUAAGAUGUUACAUGGCAAAAUGGAUGAAGUUACAUUUUGCAUUUUUGAUUGAUAUUGGUAGUUUCCCUUUUUCAUGUGCAACAUACAAAUAUAGAGGCCAUAUACAUGUAUAUAUUUGAUUUAUGUGUCAUGUUGGGUUUUUUUUGUUUUAUUUUUUUUGAAAAUCACCUGCUUUGCACAGGCGCGCACUAUAUUCUGUUCUAGGUAUGCAUUUAGAUACACAUAGAUAUGGCUAUAUUUUUGUGUUUUACUUAUCCUUGCUGUAAAUAGGGGCAGAAUAUAGCCUGUGUGGGUUAUAAUUUAUAUAAACUUUGUGUGUGUAAUCCUUUAUCAUGUAUAUGAAUUGUUAUGAAAUUUGAAAAUUGGGAAAUUAAAUUAUUAAUAUUAACAC